UAGGUUCCUUCCACUCACUUUCUGACUUAGGCCACAGGUCGUUUUACCAUGUCUGGACGUGGCAAGCAGGGCGGCAAGGCUCGCGCCAAAGCCAAAACUCGCUCCUCUAGAGCUGGGCUCCAAUUUCCCGUAGGGCGAGUGCACCGCCUGCUCCGCAAGGGCAACUAUGCUGAGCGGGUCGGGGCCGGCGCGCCGGUUUACCUGGCGGCGGUGCUGGAGUACCUAACUGCCGAGAUCCUGGAGCUGGCGGGCAACGCAGCCCGCGACAACAAAAAGACCCGCAUCAUCCCGCGCCACUUGCAGCUGGCCAUCCGCAACGACGAGGAGCUCAACAAGCUGCUUGGUAAAGUUACCAUCGCUCAGGGCGGUGUUCUGCCUAACAUCCAGGCCGUUCUGCUCCCCAAGAAGACUGAGAGCCACCACAAAGCUAAGGGCAAGUAAGGGCUGAACUUUAAAAAUGUAAACUUACAAGACAAAAGGCUCUUUUCAGAGCCACCCACCAUUUCUACGGAAGAACUGAGCACUUCUGUUCUCCAAACCUAUCAAAUUUGUGGCCGAGUUCAAGCACUGAGGUCAUUACUUUCCUAUUGGGUAAAAUAUAGGUAUUGAAUCAGGCCUAGUAAAUACUAUCCAACUGCUACCUUAUAACGUGAAGGAACCUCCUUCAUUGUCCCCUCCCCACAAACUGUCCUGGGUCUUUAAAAAACUUGGGGUCAGGCGCGGUGGUUUAUGAGUCCUUAGCAUUUUGGGAAACUGAGGCAGGUGGGUGGGGAGGGGAGAAAUCUCUAGGGACCUGGAGUUCGAGACCACCCUGAUAACGAGACCCCUGCCUCUUAAAAAAAAAAAUGGCUGGGCGCGGUGGCUCACGCCUGUAAUCCCAGCACUUUGGGAGGCCGAGGGUGUAUCACAAGGUCAAGAGAUGGAGACCACCCCGGCCAACAUGGUGAAACCCUGUCCCUACUAAAAACACAAAAAUUAGCCGGGCGUGGUGGCGAGCGCUACUAAGGAGACAGGCAGGAGAAUCGCUUGAACCCAGGAGGCAGAGGUUGCAGUGAGCCGAGAUCACGCCACUGCACUCCAGCCUGGGCGACAGAGCGACACUCCAUCUAAAAAAAAAAAAAAAAAAUACCGGGCGCAGAGGCCCUCGCCUGUAUUUGGCGGACUGACAGCAGAAGGAACACUUGAGUUCCAGGAAUUUGAGAUUUCAGUGAGCCAUGACCUCGCCACUGCACUCCAGCCUGGGUGACAAAGCGAGACCCCGUCUCAAAAAAAGAAAAACAAAACCCAAACAAAAGUAUUUCUGGUGAUCAUUUACUCCUGUGAAUAUAAUAAAUGUUAAACUAACCUUUUUGUUGUUUUUAUGGGUCUUUAUCAAUACCACAACCUGGUAGUUAUUUGAUCAACUAAAAUCUCCAUCCUAAUAAAAUGCUGUUGUCAGAACUACCCAGAUUCACUGGCAAAAUCUAAUCACUGACCCAAACCUGUAAUUCCGCGCAUGCUAAUGAAUUAAGCAAUGAUUUACAUAAUUAAUCCAAUCAGCCAUUGGAUUGCAUUAAACUCAGUUAAUGAAGAGGUCAGAUACCAUUUAUUGGUAUCAUUUAGUCAAGCACCUAUCAAAGUCCUUCCCCACACCACACUGGACAAAAUUAAAGUUUUGGUGUUUUAGAGGAGAAUGUGCCAGCCUAAGUUUAAAUUGUUUUUGUUCUGGGUCUUGGUACAGUCAUCAAAAGAUUUAAUUAAGCAGUUACAAAACGGAACUACUUUUUGGAAAUACUAGCAAAUACGUUGUUCUACUGUAUGUAUUUUUACACGAUCCGAAAUAGGAAAAAUGACCCAUUGGAAAUGAGUUUAAGACUACGACUGACCUACACAAAUUCUAGGUCAGAUUAUCUUUUCAUUGGGGGAAUCUUAACAUGAUUCGUUGAAACCAAUAAAUAAAAUUGGCGCGGAGGACGAGCGCAGUGGCUCACGCCUGUAAUCUAAGCACUUUGGAAGUCCGAGGCAGGCGGAUAACUUGAGGUCAGGAGUUUGAGACCAGCCUGGCCAACAUGGUGAAACCCCUUCUCUACUAAAAAAAAUUAGCCGGGCGUCGUGGCAAGUGCCUGUAGUCCCAGCUACUCCGGAGGCUGAGGCAGAAUCGCUUGAACCCGGGAGGCGGAGGUUGCAGCGAGCUGAGAUCGCGCCACCACACUCCAGCCUGGGCGACAGAAUUAGACGCCGUCAGGUAAAAAAAAAAAAAAAAAA